UCCACCAGGCAGCUAUAUUGGUUGCGUAGAAAAAAAGUCCAGCUUAUGCUCUACAUCAACCUUCAACAUUAAGAACGUCGAGGGUGACACAACACUGAUAAUGCGAACGAACAAACGUUAUUAUACCAAAAGCUAUCGAACAGAAUUUGAGGUGAGAGUCGUGUUCUGCUUUCUAACUGUGCGAAUAACAAAAAUUGUGUUUCCGAGUGAGACGAAACUUUGUUUAUAUGCACAGUUACGGACAUUUGGAGAUCAUAACACGAUUGGUCGUAUAACUGGAGAAUGGUUGGACCUUCCUCCUGGAUGCUUCACGUCUAAUCUCGUAUACGGCGUUAACUAUCCAAAAGAGCUAAACUAUAACAUAAAAAUUGGCGUGAUGACGGCCUGGUUCCUAAUUUACAAGUUGUACUACGAUGGAUCCCUGCGCCGCGAAAUCCGACACGACCUCACCAAGUCGGAAAAGGACAUGAUUCGCUAUGUGGAAAAUACCUCAAUGUUGGAUGAGCAAGGAGGGGGCCGGAAGAAGGACGAUUUUUUUUUCUAGAAAGUCCUCUUCCCUCGUCGCUCAAGACAAUAUUGCUCGUCGAGGACCACAUAACUUGUUCCAAUGACAAGAUUCAACGUUUGCAAGUAGUGUUACCGACAUAUUUUAGGAGUUAGUUGGAUGAGUAUAUUAAGCAAA